ACAGUCAGUGUUGCUGUUGGAUAACGCACGUCACAUUUCUCCUCAACCUCCGCGCGCUGCAUGCUUGCUCACUUUCAGUUUGCGCUUUGCAACUUCGCGAGAGUCUCUGCUUGUCUGCUGGCGUGAUGUGAACUACAGACCCAAGAUAAUAAUGCCUUAAUAUAAAUAGUACUCGAUGAUUGCUUAAUUUUACUUAGGGAAAUGAGAGUUUUGUUAUAUAUCGCUGCGCGUGCUGUUUGGAGAUACAGAGAACAUCACCUCUAUCACUGUCAGUAUGAGUAAAUGACCUACGGACAUACUAUCAUAAAAAAGAAAUGCAAACAUUUUUAGAACGACAUGAGGAUGGAUGUUGUUGGACGGACCAAAGAAGAUCAAUCAUUGUGCGUCCUUCAUAGAUAAAGUUGACCAUUUCAUACUGCUGAAAAAACCCUGACCCUACAUGAGACCUCUCCAAGGUGAUCAGUUCACAAGGAUUAAUGGCAUGUUCUUUUGUGGUCAUGUCUUUGACCUCUGAGCCCUCCGAGAGGUUGAAACACUAGCCAUGAAAUGUGGUAGAGACAUGUGACACAUCAGGCCCACCAUGCUAGACCAGAGUGGGCUACAGUGUUACUGUCACUAUACAAUACAUGGAAGCAAAACGGAAACCAUCUGACUUUCUAAUCUUAUUUUUAAACAUGGCUUGAGUUUGGACCGUAGAAAGCUCAGCCAAUUUUAAUGAUUAUAUAAGGCUCUGAGGAAGCGAAAAGACCAUGUGUAACAUCUCAACCUCGUGCAAUGUUGACUCGAACAUAGACCAGUUCUUCCAGCCGGCGCUGUAUAUUAUCGUCAUCGUCCUUGGCUUCCCCACCAACUGCAUGGCCCUGUGGGCCGCGUACAUGCAGGUCAGACAGAAGAACGAGCUGGGGAUCUACUUGAUGAACCUCUCGGUGGCUGACCUCUUGUAUAUAGCCACUUUGCCACUUUGGAUCGACUAUUUUGUUCACCAUGACAACUGGAUCCACGGUCAAGUGUCCUGUAAGCUUUUCGGUUUCAUCUUCUACACCAACAUCUACGUCAGCAUCGCCUUCCUCUGCUGCAUAUCUGUGGAUCGUUACUUGGCGGUGGCUCAUCCCUUGAAAUUCGCUAAAGUCCGCAGGGUCAAAACAGCCUUACUGGUCAGCGCCGUCGUAUGGAUAACCGAAAUAGUGGCUAACUCUGCGCCUCUCUUCCAUGACGAACUUUUCAAGGACCGCUUCAACCACACCUUCUGCUUCGAGAAGUAUCCCAUGCAGGACUGGGUGGCCGGGAUGAACCUUUACCGCACUUUCCUCGGCUUCUUGGCGCCUUGGGGUGUGAUGCUGGCCGCGUACAGAGGCAUCCUGAGAGCCGUGCGCGGUAACGUCUCCACCGAGCGACAGGAGAAGGCUAAAAUCAAGAGGCUGGCCCUCAGUUUGAUCCUCAUCGUCCUCCUCUGCUUCGCUCCCUACCACGUCCUCUUGUUGUGGCGCAGCGUGCUCUUCCUCAGCAAUCCCUGCGACUGUGGCGCCGAGGAGAACUUGUUUGGUGCUUAUCACGUGACUCUGGCGCUCACCAGCCUCAAUUGCGUGGCGGACCCAAUCCUCUACUGCUUCGUCAACGAAGGGGCCCGUCAUGACGUGGGCCGGGCCCUGGCCACCCUCUUGGGUCUCUUCCAGCGGGGCCAAAGCCCAGAGGCACUUAUGGGGGCAUCCAUCACCGUAGAGACGCCUCUGGCCGUGAAGAAGCCUGAUUUCUACAGUGAUGUCAAAACUAAUGCCUAUAAAACUGACAUUGAAGUACUCAAAGACGAGUGCCUUCAAAUGACCAUUCUCAGUGUUAAAAAUGAAGUUAAAUGUCAAUUGUAAAUGUCAAUAGCAAAAUAUUAAAUCAAGUGCAAUUUUAAAGCCCAAAGAAUACUUCAGUUUUGACAUGAACGCGUAACGUAUGUGUACAGCUGGACGUCUUUCAAAGUGUACUGCAUUUGAUGAUGUACAAACACACUAGAAAGUUUAAUCUUUGUCCAGUGUCUCUGCUGUUUCUCUCCAGAAGUUAUGACUGAUAAAAAUGUCUUUUAAUAAAUUGUUUAUUGCAUGUAUCCCCUAAACGCCUCACACAAGCUCUUGUCAACGUGGUCGUAUAUUGUUGUUGUCGUCUCCAGUAAUUUGUUGUUGUCUCAUCUGUUUCUUUUCCCACUGUGAAACAAAGGGGCCGGGGCAGAAUUACUGCAAAAAAAAUUCAAGAUGUAUGUUCGAGGUGCAUGUACAGAGAUCACAUGUCUCCGCGUAUACACACAUACUAUGCUGAUGAUUAAAUUUAUGUCACCCACACUGUACACAUACCCUAAUGUAUGUGUAAAAACCGAAGUAUACUUUUGGCUUAACCAACAAGUUCUGUGGAGUAUAAAAGAAGGUACUUUGUAUGUCUCUGUGUUUUGUUUUGUUUUGUUUUUGUCCAUACAAUAAAACUAAAUUGGGUCCAACAGUGAUGUUUUGGACCCCAUUUACUUUCAUUACAAAAACAAACCAUACAAAAACAAAAUUUCAUAAACAAAAACAAUUGGCACAUUGCUUAAACUAUCUUCUUUUGUGUUUCACACUAAAGAAAAGUGAAACAACAUUUGAAAUUUUCAUUUUUGGGCAAAAAAUAUUUUUUGGGCUGCUGUACAUGAAGGUGCACUUUCUCAAGAUAGCUACGCCAACACCUAUGUGUACCUCAAGUUUUACCCAGAAACACUGUCUAUGAUGAGGAUUACUUGAAGUCAGCGAAGUGUUGAUGUCAGAAUCCCUUCUCCUCUUGAAUGUUUUAUAUAUGCCUGCCAUUUCUGUCUGUUCUUAUAGAGUUUGCAGGAAAUAUACUCUACUAUCCCUAUUUUGAUGUUAUUUGUAAUUUUAAGUCCUAUAAUGUUACAGACAACACAAAUACCGGCAGGGCUAUUUUAUGUGACGUCUUAAUAUGCAUCUUAAUACGCUGUAUAAAGUCUUAACAAGAUUCUUUAACAAACUCUGUCUGGAGGGGCAUGUUUCUCAGCCAUCUCUUGUUUGGAAUACUUUAUGUACGGUGGCCUACAGAUACCCAAAAUGGAAACAGUUUCCAAACAAUGGGCUUUGCUGUUGUUUACAUUUUUUCUUCAUUAGGUCUCCAGGUGCCCUGUUUCAGCCUACCAAACUGUAAGUCCUGAAUGUCAGCAGUGAGAAAGUGCAAUGUAAUGGAUUUGCUGUUAUGCCAAAAUAAAACACGUCAGUCGUU